AUGUACCCAGCCGAAGGACAAGAAUCUAUGCUCAGAACGCAGCGGGCGAGCGCAAGGAUACAAGAGGUUAUAAGCUCACAACGGGCACCCAGAGAUCACGACAUGGCGCACGCGCCCAUGAUUCACAGGCCAACGGCGCUCCCAGAUGGCCCGUUGCCAGGACCGGAGCGCGCAGGAGGAUACAACAAACCCCGGCGCCUGUCGAAUAGCAGCGCCAGUUCGGCCACCAGCAGUGUCAUGUCCGGCCGCGACAGUUUUGACGGCCGGAUACGCAGCGUGUCGGCCACCAGCAGCCAGACGAGUAUCGACUCGUGGCCCAACAGCCCGGGCAAAAACCAGCGCCCGGCCUCGUCGCCUGUGGCUUGGGGUUUGCAGAAUGGCACCGCCGGCCAACAUCAUCUGUGGCAGAGACCCGCGCCGAUCAAGCAGCGCCGGAAAGCGCAGCCUGGAGAGCUGUUCGCUGCGCUUCCGGGCGAGGUUUUGGAGAUGAUUCUGAAGGAACUCAGCAAGCUGCAUCUGCAGCCGGGAAGCGGCAGCUGUGCUACUUGUUGGAUGCGGGACUGCUGCUCGGUUGCCAUGAGUGCCCGCAAGUUUCUCAAGUACGCCCGCGAGGCUCUGUAUCGACAUAUCCAGCUAGUCGGGCAUGAGGGCCCGGGGAUGAAGAAGCGGACAAAGACGGCUUAUGGUUCGAGGCUGGUAUUACUGCGUCGGACGUUAAGGGGGAACCCGCAGAUUGCAGUUAUUGUGCGGUCGCUCAAGCCACCAGCACGACCUUUGUCUGUCGGAGUCGUUGCGUACAACGACCUGGUUGCUUCGGUCGUGAUGGCGUGUCCAAACCUCGAACGGCUGGUUGGAUUUUACCCAACUUAUGACCACUCGUUCCAGCGGUUGUUUCAUGCUCUGUCGACGCGGUCCAAGUUGAAGGAAAUGGAUUGGAUUUUGGAGCCCUCGCCGUCCCAGCGCCAAGAAAGGAGGCCCUCACACAACGACCGCUGGAAUCCGGUCGGCCUGCAGCCGCAGGAGUCGCAGUUGUUCCUGGGGUUUCAUUCGAACUGGAGGCAACUGACGACCCUUGUCGUUCACUGCCAGCCAGGGGCAGCACUGAGUCCACCCAACCUGCUGGAAUGUACCAUUCGGUCUUUGCCGUCACUACAACACCUCCACCUCUCCCACGUGCCGCAUACUACCUUCAACGACACUCACCUCCUCUCCCUGCCCACGCUCAGAAAAUUAUCACUGAGUCACUGCACAGGCAUAACCACCACCGGUCUCUCAUCCCUAGCAACACGACCAACCAGCGCCUCUCUCGUAACACUCACUCUUAUCCACAUGAACGUCGGAUCUCUUCCGGCAAUCGCCCGCAUUUUCUCCUACCUUACCGCCCUCUCGACCUUCAAUAUCGUGCAGACGUACGCCCCCGAGAUGCCUGCAGACGAAUUCAUCAUGCUUUUCCCAUACCUGGCCUCUGCUUCCCUCCGCAAUCUCCACUGGGACAUUCCCUACUUACCCAACACCACGACCCACGCAGACGCAGUACUCGCCCGUAGCAUCGUCGCAGGCGGCUUCCCCUCGCUUCGACGCCUCUGCACGCCCAACGAUCCAGAAGGUCUCUUCCAGACGCUCUGCGCGCCACGCGAGCGUGUCGACCAGCCCGCCGACCGCUACCGCAACGUCCAGACGCCCUUCGCAAACGGAGUUCCUUGGGGCCACAUAAGAAACAGCUCCAGCUUCUCGUCCACUCGCACGGGCGGCAGUUUCAAGCAUACCUUUCGUCCCGGCAGCAGCAGCGGUUUCCGGCCCGGAAGCAGUAGCGGUUUGCGACCCGGCAGCAGCCACGGCAAUGGCGCCGGCAACAGCAUCAGCACACCGCCCGCGAGCCCGCUCUUUCCGCCGCCCGACGCGCUGAUCCCGCGCGACAACAGCAAUCUCCUCCAGGCGAGGCUCGCCGCGCAGGCGCGGUUGGAGGCGGCGCAGAGGGUUCCGAGGUAUUUUGUCAAUGUGGUGGACGAGCAGGGCACGGUGGUGGAGAAGCAUGGGGUCGGCGCUUUUCUGGGUUGUGUGGAGAGCAGGAUAAGCUAUGUCCUCUUCCCUGACGUCCUCACCGGCGGGACCGAUGAGAGUGGCGGGUUGGUGACGGUGGAGGAUAUGAUCCGUGAUGAUGGAGGCGAGAUGAUUGGUUAUUUUGAUGGUGCUGGUGGUGGUGAGAAGGAGGGAAGGAAGGGGAGAAGGAAAGGGGGAGACAGGGAUGGGGAGAGUGAUUUCGAGGGUUCUGGGGCUGGUGGGCAUGGGAAGGGGAGGAGGGAAGGGUGUUUCGGGAGGUGGAAUACGUAUAGUGGGAUGGUUGUGGAUAAGAAAGAUCGGGAAAGGUGGUGGCAUCAGGAACGCGGGAGGUGGAGGGGGGUGGUGCUUUCCUGA